UUUGUAUGCAAUUUCGUUUGCAACACAAUGGCAACUAUGCGAGCCAAUUCUAAUUGGCAUCCAUGGCAAUUUGUGGCAUAUCAAUAUCAGCUGAUCAUUAAAACAGUUCAAACAAAGUUCUUAUAAAAUGGAAGAAAAAAAACGUUCGCGGAUAAAUGGAACUUUUCGUUGGACAGAACGACAAACUAAAGAUUUACUCAACAUUAUCGUGGAAAAUGUAAAAGCUAAUCCGGAACAGUUCGAGAAACCAACUGCUCAAAAAUUCUAUGAGCAUAUUACAAAAAAUGCAUCUACUUUGAACAGCAUCAAAUGGGAUGUUAUGCGCACAAAAAUGAGGCACCUAAAAACAAGUUUUUCGUCCGCACUGAAAUGGAAGUGUCAAACAGGUGCAGGAUUGCUAGAAAGUGGAGAUGUAAAAAGCGUUGAAGAUUACAUUAAAAAAAUGUGUCCAUUCUAUGAUGACUUGUACGCAAUAUUUGGUCAUCGUGUAAAUGUGCAGCCACCAGCUAUUUAUCAAUCUACCAUGCCAGUGUCAUUGUUGGAUACUUUUGAAGUAGAUGCGUUGAUGGAAAAUGAUGGCGAAACAUUUUCAACAAGUUUACCUGAAAGUCCAUUGGCCAGUCCGACUAUGCUGGAAUUAGAAUCACAAAAACUAGAAUUCGAAAAGGAAAUAGAGCAAACCAAAUUCAUGUUACAGAAGCUACAACUGGAGAAGGAGGAAAGGAUCGAAAUGGAGAAAAUAAGAUUGGAGCACGAAAGAUUGUCAAGUGUUGAUACGUCAAACAAGAAAAUGCUUGAUGAAGAGCUCCUUGCCGGAACAUAAGGAGGCAUAUUCGUAAGGUUAUGAUCCGCAAAAGAAAGCGUAUUCUAAAUUUUUCGUUUUUCUUCGGAACCACGCUCAAAAGUUUGGUUUAAAUGCCAAAAUAUUUCUUUUUUAAUUUUUUUAAAUGCUCUAAU